AUGUAUCGGGUUGUGCCACAAGCUGAUAGAGUUUUAAUUCGCCUCGAAGAGCUGCCGGAGAAAUCAGCUGGGGGAGUUUUACUGCCCAAGUCAGCAGUGAAGUUUGAGCGGUACCUUGUUGGAGAGGUUGUUUCUCUUGGUGCAGAGGUUGGGGAAUUGGAGAGGGGAAAGAAGGUGCUUUUCUCUGAUAUAAAUGCAUAUGAGGUUGACUUGGGGACAGAUGCAAGGCAUUGUUUCUGCAAAGCAAGUGAUUUGCUGGCUGUGGUCGAGUAGAGGCCUAUGAUAUUAUGGAUUGCUAUACGUCCACACGCAUAGAUCGCACGGGGUGUUGUAGUUGAGUAAAAAUACCAUUAUUGCUAUGUAAACCUCUUGAACAGAAACAUGGCUGGCAUUUUGUUAAGAGUAAUAAUAGGGAGGAUAGGUUUCUUGUUUAUGGAAGAUGAGAGAGAUGUGAAUGUGAUGUUUGUGUUAAAUGAACUUCCCAUUCAUGAAAAUUACAAACUUCCACCUGCACUUUUUGUAGUUUCUUGUUCGGUCUUGAAUUAAGUCUCAUCCUGGAUCAAAGUACACUCCCAGUGGAUGCAAA